AUGGACAACAAUGGCUCUCUCUAUGUCACUGAUGUUGAAAGACAUGAAGUAAGACGAUAUAACAUUGGUGACACUAAAGGAACAGUGAUUGCAAGUGGCAAUGGAAAUGGAAAUGGUCUCGAUCAACUCUUUUAUCCUCACUACAUAUUUGUCGAUCGAGAUCAUUCAGUUUAUGUGUCUGAUCAUUACAAUCAUCGUGUCAUGAAAUGGGAACAAGGUGCAACACAAGGCAUUGUCGUAGCCGGUGGUCAAGGAGAAGGAAAUAGUCUUACACAAUUGAAUGAACCUGAAGGAGUCGUUGUUGAUCAAUUGGGUACUGUCUAUGUGGCUGAAUCUGGUAAUCAUCGACUCAUGCGAUGGUCAAAAGGAGCUACACACGGAAGUGUUAUUGUUGGUGGAAACGGUAAAGGAGAAAAGUCGAAUCAACUUUAUUAUCCCACCGGUUUAUCAUUCGAUCGACAUGAUAAUCUCUACGUUGUCGAUCACGGAAAUCAUCGAGUACAAAAAUUUAGUAUCGCAUAA